AACGAAAUAAGGCACUGCAGACUAAGUCUUGAGAGGACUGCAAGUGUGAAGUGUUGCUUUGAGCCGAAUAGCUAUUGUCAGGUUAUUAUCGAAGCUGGUCAGAGAGGUCUUGUCUGUGUCCUAUGGCUUACAGAUGAAUUGAGAUGAUAGAUUUGCACACCUGGAAUGCAUCUGCACCCCUGAGCAGCAUUGAUGGACCGGCUGCCCAGCAUCAGACAAAUGCACAGAACUGCAACUGUGCUCCUGGCUCCCAAAGUAUCCAGACAUAUGGAAGGCUGCAGGCUUGCCCGCAGUUGGAGGAUUGCCUCCUUGUGCCUUCAGACACAAGCUAGUGGACACCCUAGCAAAGUACACAAGCUCUUCAAUGAGGGCAAUGUGCUCACGCUGGAGCGGGGCACUGGGAGCAACCUAGGGAAGGACGCAAAGCUAUGGGGCACAGGAUGCUUCAAUGCCAGUGUGUACCCAGAUCUUCCGGCUUUCAUGAAGUGGUCCGACCUGUUGCGCGCCGACAGGUUCAGGCAGGCUAUGAAGCCAAUGGACUAUGAAAAGCUGAGAGCCGAGUCGAGCGCUGGUGACGAUCAAGGGCUGGUUGUCAGGACUGUUGGCGUGCAGCUGCGCGGGCGGGAGGGCGUGCGGCGCCGGCUGCUGCUGCGCGCAGGGCUGCAGGCCGACGGCGGUGCGACGGCCGGGGUGCGGCCUGCGGAUGCACUGCUGCUGGUAUCGGGCAGCCACCCAACCUCGCUGUGGGCUGUGGCCAACCCCCUGGUGGACACAGGAGAGAGCCUGGAGCGCAAGGCAAGCAUGGGCUCAUCCUUCUUUUGGGGGACGCUUGAGACAAUGAAAGAUUUCUGCAACGUUGCGGCAGGAGCAGAGGUUAUUCUCACUCAGCCGCCCUUGAUAUACCCAAGAUUCGAGUCUUGGUUUAGCAGCAUUGAAAGGUUGGGAUUGACCAAAGAGGCCAAACUGGUGAUUGGCAUUCCCAUGCUGACAUCCAGUGGGAGCAUGCAAUUCUGGCUGCAGCUCUGCUCCGCUGCUCAUCAGGAGGGGGCAGCUGAAGCACUGUCACCCUUUACCAAGGCUGAGCAGCAUGGGCCAGAAGAACUGAAGGACUUCAGUCGCAAAUACUCGGCAGAGCUCAUUGAGAGGGUCCUGCAGCUUCCAGGAGUUGCUGGUCUCCAUCUGAUGCCUGUCUCUGGACCGGGCCGGGCGCUGGCCUUUCAACUAGCACAGAACGGAUGCUUACAGCCAAGAACGCAUGACUCAUCUUCUGGUGUUGCGGCACCAUCAGCUUAG